UCCUGGAUGUCCCAGCGCUUUCUUAAACUCAACAUGUCUAAGACUGAGCUGAUCAUCUUCCCACCCUCCCACACAACCUCACCUCCCACAAUCUCAUUAUCCAUUGAUGGCACGACUAUCUCCUCUAGCCCCCAAGUACGCUGUCUUGGUGUAAUCUUUGACUCCUCCCUCUCCUUCAAACCACACAUUCAGCACCUCUCACAAACCUGUCAUUUUCAUCUCAAAAACAUUUCCAGGAUCAGACCUUUUCUCACCCAGGAUGCCACUAAGAUCAUUAUUCACUCACUGAUUAUUUCCAGACUGGACUACUGUAAUCUCCUCCUAACUGGCCUCCCUGACAAUUACCUCUCUCCACUCCAGUCUAUCCUCAAUGCUGCUGCUCGGCUCAUCUUCCUCACCAAACGCACUACAUCCACCUCCCCUCUCCUACUAGCCCUUCACUGGCUUCCCUUCCCCUUCAGAAUCCAAUUCAAACUUCUCACUCUCACUUACAAAGCUCUCACCCAAUCCUCUCCCAUUUACAUCUCUGACCUUAUCUCCCUUUACUCUCCCACCCGUCCUCUUCGCUCUGCUAAUGCACGCCGCCUCUCCUGUCUCCUGAUUACUUCCUCCCACUCCUAUCUCCAAGAUUUUUCACGUGCUGCUCCCUUCCUUUGGAAUUCUUUACCUCUCCCCCUCAGACUCUCCACCUCUCUACAAAACUUCAAACGGGCUCUCAAGACCCAUUUCUUUACCAAACCCAGCCAAAUCUCAUCCUAACCCCCUGUUCCAUGCUCUCUAUGUACCCCAUCUGUGUCACCCCUGUCUGUCUACCCCUCCCCCUAGAAUGUAAGCUCUCACGAGUA